AUGGUUCAUACCAAUCACAGUGCGAAAGGGCACUCGAGUCUAUCAUCUAGUUCAUCUGCUUCUCCUAGCGUUUCGCCCAAAUCAAAUACGCCUAUUCAGAUUUCAGUGGAUGAGGAUGAACCUCUUUCGCAAAACCAUAAGAAAGGCAAAAAGACAAAGGGCAAAAGAUCGAAGAGCGUGAGCCAUUUGGGCGACAAAUCGAAGCUUUUGGGUAGUAAACUAGUACCAAAAGUUCCAAACGAAGUUGAAGCACCUGGUUUUUCUCUUGUUGACGCUACAGGUGGCGACAGUUUUAGCACUGCCGAACAAAUGUUCAGAAGACUUUCUACGGGGAGCAGUGAUGUUCGCAAAGCUACGUCUCAUGCGCAGUUGUCUUCGACGGCCCAUGGGAUGCGGUUGUUGUCCAAAGACAUACAAAAAUCGAUUGUGCCGCUCGAAGUCAGCAGACUUAUGAUUGUCACCAAAAAGCAAGACAGCUCACUAGUUUAUCUGGCACGCGAAAUGGUAGAGUGGAUUUUGGUUAACUAUCCGGAGAUUGAAAUCUACGUUGAAUCGUCACUUGAAAGUUCAUCCAAGUUCAAUAGCAAAGAAAUCUGUCUGGACAGCCAGUGUGGAACCCAUCGCAUAAAGGCUUGGACUCCCGAACUCAUUGCGCAAAACAGCGUUCAUUUUGAUCUUAUCAUCACGCUGGGUGGCGACGGCACCGUUCUCUACGUUUCAUCGAUUUUCCAGCGUGACGUUCCGCCAGUAAUGUCCUUUUCGCUGGGUUCUUUGGGGUUUUUAACCAAUUUCAACUACGAGACAUUCAGACAAACCCUCCCCCGAGUGUUGAAUUCCAAGAUUAGAAGCAAGAUGCGUAUGCGUUUGUGUUGCCGCGUGUUCCGUCGUCGCAAGUCUACCAAAGAUGGACCUCAGCCUCGUAAGAAAUUCGAUAUGAUUUGCGAACGCCACGUUUUGAACGAGUUGACCAUCGACAGGGGCCCAAGUCCCUUUAUCUCGAUGCUUGAGCUAUUUGGCGACAAUUCUCUACUUACAGUUGCCCAAGCAGAUGGUAUCAUUAUUGCUACGCCCACUGGCUCGACUGCAUAUUCUCUGAGUGCAGGAGGUUCGCUCGUUUACCCAAGCGUCAAUGCCAUUGCAGUGACUCCGAUUUGUCCCCAUACGCUCAGUUUCCGGCCCAUCAUAUUGCCAGACAGCAUGGUUCUCAAAGUAAAAUUACCUGCCAACUCCAGGGCCACCGCCUGGGCGUCUUUCGAUGGCAAAAACAGGGUUGAGCUAUUCAAAGGCGACUACAUAUGGAUUGCAGCAAGCCCAUUUUCAUUUCCUACGCUAGAAUCUAGUCCCACAGAAUUUAUUGACAGUAUUAGCAGGACCCUGAACUGGAAUGCAAGAGAACAGCAAAAAUCAUUUGCACACAUGCUUUCGCAGAAAAACAAACGAAAGUAUGUUACUGAUGCUGAAAAGGAGAGACAAAAUUUACCUGAAGUAAAGGCUCCUUCCGAUGUCGAGGAUGAAGAUGUGUCAGCGGAAGAGGAAACGUUACCUAUUCCUCGCUCCGGACGAGGCAUGAAACAGGCGAUUCUGGCGGGUUCCGGCAAAUUAAAGGCGAAUUUCCAGUUGUAG